AUGACGCCGACUCCCAAUGAAGGCAGUCCGAUAUCAACGGAGCCCACUGCGCCUGCGUCACUGGACGAUAGUAUCGUCAUAUCUGGCAUGUCGGCGCUGAUGCCUGGCUGCCAUGGCCUCAACGAGUUCACUGAAAAGUUGUAUAAUAUGGAAAACUUGGUGUCUGCCCCGGAGCCUCGUUGGAAGUGCAACCACCCGGAGGCGGAGGCGCCGCGUCAUGGCCUCAUCCCCGACAUCGAGCGCUUCGACGCUCAGUUCUUCAUGAUCAACUACCGUCUCGUCAAUUCCACUGACACCAUGUACAGAAAGUUGUGUGAACAAGCCUAUCAAGCAAUCAUAGACGCUGGAGUGUGUCCAACCGAACUAUCGGGAAAACGCGUGGGAGUGUUUAUUGCAACUGGUGUCACUGAGACUUGCCGAAUGUUGAGCACUCAGCGCUCUCGUGGAAGUGCAUUAUUGGGCGGUAGUACAAAUAUGGCCGCGAACCGCAUCUCGUACUGGCUGAACGCGAAGGGUCCGUCGUACACACUGGACGCGUCUUGCUCCGGCUCGCUCGUGGCGCUCGAGAUGGCGUGCAGAGCCAUCCAGCACGGGUGCUGCGACGCCGCGCUUGUCGGCGGGGCGAGGUUAAGCUUACACCCUGCCUACUCCAUACAUUACGGCAGAUCUGUACCAAUCAGUCCCGAUAGUAAGACAAAAUGUUAUGACACGGACGCUAACGGUCAGACUAUAUCGGAAGCAAUCACUGCUGUCUUUCUGCAGAAAUAUAAGGAUGCAAGAAGAGUUUAUGCUGAAAUAUAUCACGUUAAGUCCAACUACGGACUGGAUGACAAUGGCAGUGGAAAAUUGGGACACUAUAGGAAUCCUGAAAAGCUAUGCAAGUUCCUUCGUGAAUUCUAUGAAGAAGCUGGAGUGUCACCCUCUUCUGUAGAGUAUGUUGAAGGAUUUGGAGCAGCUGUAUCGGAAAUUGACAAAGCUGAACUGCAAGCAAUAGAAGAGGUGUUCUGCAAAGAUCGAAAGGAUCCCUUGCUUGUUGGAAGCGUAUCGUCCAAUAUGGGCUAUUCUCGCGAGCCAUCGGGACUGUGUGGUGUUAUUAAGUUGUUACUUGCUUACCAAAGAGGAAAAUUGGCAGCCAACUUGCACUGCGAAAACCCUAGGCUUGACAUUCCGGCGCUCCAGGAUGGCUGGAUGAAAAUAGUGACCAAACAUGAGCCCUUUGAUCGUACAUUUACAGCGCUUAACAACUUUUCAGUCCUGGGUGUAAAUGUGCAUUUACUAUUAAAAGGACACUAUAAAAAUAAGGACGUGUCCCGGUAUCAUAGUAAAAUUCCGUAUUUGGUGACGCUAUCCGGAAGACAGGAGACUGCAGUACAGAAAAUAAUGGACAGUAUCAAAGCUAAUGAGCUGGAUCCUGAGGAGAUAGCACUUUAUCAUUCAAUGCACAAGAAAGGCAUACAGAAGCAUAUGGCCAGAGGAUAUGGCAUAUAUGAAACAAUGGAUGAGAAAACAGUGAUGCACUGUGAGAAGGCUGAGUACUUCGACGACGCUCGCAGACCACUGUGGUUCAUGUACAGCGGGAUGGGCUCGCAGUGGCCCGGUAUGGGAAUAGAACUCAUGCGUAUACCUGUCUUUGCUGCCGCUAUAGAACGAUGUGACAAAGUUCUAAAGCCUAAAGGAGUAGAUAUAGUGAACAUUAUCACAAGCACCGAUAAGUCGGUUUUGGACAACAUACUCAAUUGCUUUGUUGGUAUCGCCGCCAUACAGAUUGGUCUGACUGAUAUUCUUCAUGCUGUGGGACUCGUUGCAGAUCACAUAAUCGGACAUAGCGUUGGAGAGCUAGGUUGCGCGUAUGCAGACGGCUGUUGUACUGCAGAGGAGAUGAUACUUAUGGCUUACAGUCGAGGUCUCGUUUCAAUAGAGACGACCUUUAUUCGGGGGGCGAUGGCUGCUGUAGGUCUUGGAUAUCAGCAGAUCUCAAAAAUUUCUCCACCGGAGAUAGACGUAGCUUGUCACAAUGGACCCGACUCGUGCACAAUCUCUGGUCCUGAGGAUGCGGUACAUAAGUUUGUGUCGCAGCUGACUGAACAGGGCAUCUUCGCUAAAGCAGUCAAGUGCUCGAAUAUCGCUUACCAUUCGCGUUACAUUAGCAAGGCUGGUACUAAGUUACGGAAAUAUUUAAGUGAAAUUGUAAAACCCAAGUUGAGAAGCGAUCGCUGGUUGUCAACAUCUGUGGAUCGUGAUAGGUGGCAUGAAGCUGCUGCUAAAUAUUCUUCAGCAGAAUAUCACACUAAUAACUUGCUGCGUCCGGUGCUGUUCGAGGAGACGUCUCGAUUGAUCCCCAACAACGCGGUGCUGGUGGAGGUGGCGCCGCACGGACUGCUGCAGGCCAUCCUCAAGCGCUCGCUGCCGCGCGCGUGCCGCCACGUGCCGCUCACGCGCCGCGCGCACCCCCGGCCCGCGCGCCUGCUGCUCGACGCGCUCGGCACGCUCUACAUGGCAGGCUACGACUUGGACGUUAGCGCUCUGUAUCCGAGCAUUGACUUUCCAGUGGCAACACAAACACGACAGCUUUCUCAUUUAGUCGAAUGGGUUCACACGGAGGAAUGGAAUGUACUACUCUAUGAGGCAAUUGAUCAAACCUAUACAGCAAUAUACCAACCAAAACUGACGGUCAAUGAAGACGACUUCAAAUUCUUAGAAGGAUCGAUCAUUGAAGGUAAGAAAAUAUUCCCACUGGCGGGAGCGCUAGUAUUUGUCUGGGACACUCUGACGAUGAUAACAGAGAUGCCAUUACGUGAAACAUCAAUAGAAUUCCACAACCUGACGGUCCACAAACAGCCGCUGUUGAACGAUACACGAAUGUUAAGGCUGGUGGUGAUGCUCCAGCGAGGAAGUGGACAGUUUGAAGUCACACAUGAAGGAAAUCCGGUGGUCGAAGGGAAAAUCGUGGCAGUCAAAACAAACUAUAGAGCUCCUUCGAUUGACAUCGUAGAUGAAAUGACGCUGAACAGUACGGAUAUCUACAAACUUCUUUAUGAAAGAGGUUUUGAAUACAGUUGCGGAGGUCUGUCUAUAGAAAAGAUUUCAUUCAAAGACAAACCUAUUCAUCGACAACCUAUUGUAAUGCAAACGCUAAACUUUGUACCUUUCUAUCAAGAAGCAAGUGAAGAUAUGUUGGAUACUCUACUACAUCUGCAUCCUAAGGUUUUCCUGGUAACUGUUGGUGGCAAUAUGCUCUCUGAAUACAUUUCGUCAUCGUAUGUUCAAGUCUCGGCGGUUGGCAAGGAAUCAUCUAGGCUGUCAUUGUUACGUAAGAAGUCGAAGCCUUUGUCAGCCGUUGCAGUGACUGUGGCCAGACCUGAGGAUCUGCAGUGCUUGGUCGUGGCUAGGGCCAACUUACAACCUCACCAAAAACUGAUUGCGUUCACCUCGUAUCCUCCACCUAGUGAUUUGAAACAAAUCGUAAAGCAAUGGAGAAGUCAACAGGACCGUAACCAAGUGUUCCUAGCGAUGGUGAACGAUAAGUAUAAAGUAGAUUUGAAGCAACUUCCGAGUUUUGAGCUGCCGUUUAACAUAUUCUAUGAGAAUACUUGGGGUGGGGAAUAUUACACGCCAUCAAAUAACUGUUCAUAUGAUUGUGCCGCAGCUCUUCAGUGUCGUCAACUUGGUGAUAUUAAUUCUUUAUACUGGUUGCAAAUUCCCAACGCUCGUAAACAGGAGGCUGAUGACAUUGAUAUACAGGUACACAUUAUAUUGAAUUGA